GUAUUGUCAAUCAUACAGUGAUGGAGCGGGGAGGCAUGAGCGCAGUGAAGACCAUCAGCAUCUGUGUCAAACGAUGAAGGUUGUGCCAAAGCUGACGAUUUUUGUUUAAUUAUAGUGAGAGGAAGAGGAUUUGCCACUAUGUAUGGGUUUGUCAAUCACGCCUUGGAACUGCUCGUUUUAAGGAAUUACGGACCGGAAGUAUGGGAAGACAUCAAGAGGGAGGCUCAACUCGACAUCGAGGGACAGUUCCUUGUGAGAAUCAUAUAUGAGGAUGCCAAGACAUAUGAUCUUGUUGGAGCUGCAAGCAAAGUCCUCAAAAUUGAUGCGGGGGACAUCUUGCAGAUGUUUGGGAAGAUGUUCUUUGAGUUUUGCCAAGAAUCUGGAUACGACACUAUCUUGCGAGUACUGGGAUCAAAUGUUCGUGAAUUUCUUCAGAAUUUGGACGCCCUUCACGACCACUUGGGCACCAUCUAUCCAGGAAUGAGGGCUCCCUCUUUCCGGUGCACGGAUGCGGAGAAGGGCAACAAUCUGAUCCUUCACUACUACUCGGAGAGAGAAGGCCUGCAGGACAUCGUGAUUGGCAUCAUUAAAACGGUCGCACAGCAAAUACAUGGAACAGAGAUAGAAAUGAAGAUGAUCCAGCCGAAAAGCGAGGAGUGCGACCACAUCAAGUUCUUGAUUGAGGAAAAGGACUCAGAGGAAGAAGCCUUCUAUGAGGACCUGGACGGCUUUGAGGAGAACGGCACGCAGGAGACACGCAUCAGCCCGUACACAUUCUGCAAGGCCUUCCCUUUCCACCUGAUGUUUGACAAAGAUCUGAUGCUCACUCAGUGCGGCAACGCCAUUUACCGAGUCCUGCCUCAGCUCCAGCCUGGCGCCUGCAUCCUCACUUCAGUGUUUUCCCUGGUCCGCCCGCACAUUGACUUCAGCUAUCAUGGCAUUCUUUCCCACAUCAACACUGUCUUUGUCCUGCGAAGCAAGGAGGGCCUGCUAAAUGUGGAGACCGUGGAGAACGAGGACGAGCUGACUGGAGUGGAAAUCAGCUGUCUGAGGUUGAAAGGACAGAUGAUUUAUUUGCCCGAAGCAGAGAACAUCCUUUUUCUUUGCUCACCGAGUGUGAUGAACCUGGACGAUCUGACAAGAAGGGGUCUGUACCUGAGUGACAUCCCUCUCCAUGAUGCCACCCGUGACUUGGUGUUGCUGGGGGAGCAGUUUCGUGAGGAGUACAAGCUGACUCAGGAGCUGGAGAUACUGACUGACCGCCUGCAGCAUACACUUCGAGCUCUGGAGGAUGAAAAGAAGAAGACAGACAGAUUGCUCUACUCUGUCUUGCCGCCAUCUGUUGCCAACGAGCUACGACACAAACGUCCUGUCCCGGCGAAGCGUUACGAUAACGUCACCAUCCUCUUCAGUGGCAUUGUGGGCUUCAAUGCCUUCUGCAGCAAGCAUGCUUCUGCUGAGGGAGCCAUCAAGAUAGUCAACCUACUCAAUGAUGUUUACACCCGCUUUGACAUCUUGACAGACUCUCGGAACAACCCCUAUGUAUACAAGGUGGAGACGGUGGGUGACAAAUACAUGACGGUGAGUGGCCUGCCAGAGCCGUGUACGCAUCACGCCAAGUCAAUCUGCCACCUCGCCCUCGACAUGAUGGAGAUUGCCGGACAAGUCAAAGUCGAUGACGAGCCCGUACAGAUUACAAUUGGGAUCCACACAGGAGAGGUGGUGACUGGGGUGAUUGGCCAGAGGAUGCCCCGCUACUGCCUGUUUGGAAACACAGUCAACCUCACAAGUCGCACUGAAACCACUGGCGAAAAGGGCAAAAUCAACGUUUCAGAGUAUACUUACAGGUGUUUGCAGUCAGCUGAGAACGCAGACCUCCAGUUCAAUUUGCAGUAUCGUGGCCCCGUCACCAUGAAGGGAAAGAAGGAGCCCAUGAAGGUGUGGUUCCUGUCCAGGAAGUCCACUGACACACCUUGAGUCCCCUUCAAUUUCAAGCCUAACAAUCCAUCUAAUCAAGCAGAUGUAUUAAAUGAAAUAACAUGCUUUUGAUAUCCUAAUGCAUUUCUAUGAAACUGUGCCAUCGUGCUCUGCCACACCACAGUAUGUACUAUAUAUAUAUUUUUUAACAUACAGUGCGCCAUGAAGACUUUAGAUUAGCAUUUCAAUGUUCAUGAUAGUUGGAUUUGGAAAGCAUUUUUCAUAGGUACAAUGCGCACACUCACAAAUAAAAAAGAAAUCGUUAUUUAACCAUUAACAAUGCCUAAGUCAAAAAUAAACAGAUGAUGAUCAUGUUUUGAAAAAGUAAAGUUAAUAAUUAGUUAACAGGUUUGUGUGAAAUGUACCAAUGUAAUUUAAAAUCCUAAUAUUGCUUCAUUUGAUUUCACCUCAGUCGUGACGCAGAUAUUUCAAAGGACGAAAUAGAAAGUUAUGAAGCACUUCCAUCUUUAAGAAUAUGUACACUAUUUGGUUUGAUGUGCGGUACUCACUUGCCAAAAGCUAAAUAAAUCUCAAUCAAUUAGAAUAUGCACUAUUUGAAAAGUCUCAAUUUAGCUGCUAAUAACAACCCCCCCCAAAAUUGCCAGAAAGUUCAUUGCUUUAAACGCAUGGAAUGCGCUCGGUUCAAAUAAAACAAAAUUUAAUAGCGAGCCAUUAAUUGGUGUCUAAAUCUGAAAUAAACCCAUGAAAUCAUUUUUUUGCCCACUAGCAAGUACUGUACAUGUACUUAUACAUUGGCACGUGAGUCCAUAUCAAAGCAGCAUAUUUACUACUUGUUUGCAUCCAUAGAAUAGUAUUAAGGCACCUUCACGUUUGACAUCUUAAUAUUUAUUAUUACCAUCACGUUGUUGCAUAUGUUUUCUUUUUGCACCAGAGGUCUCUGUAUUAUGGAAACCAGAACCCAGAGUGAGACAAAUAAAGUAUUAACUAAUA